UUCUCAUCUUGGACAGUGCAAUGAAAACAUUGUAAUAUUAGUGAAUACAUUUUUCUGUAAACGCCUGUUCUUGUGUACACUGUACAGUUCUACUUAAUAUGUACUGUGUACAAUCGUACUGCCAUUAUAUGUGUACUUUGUGCUGAACAACAAGUGAUACAAAAUAUCAGUGAAUAAUCUACGUGAAAUAUAAGUUUAAAAGUGAGUAAAAGUAUUUAAUUUACCAUGCAGUGGUUUGGAUAUCAUAAUACUACUUGUGCAACUGUUGAUAUUCAGCUGGUCUGGAUUGUAGCCUGUUGGCUGCUCGUAUAUAUCGUCUUCUUGUGGUUCAUCUUAACAUCAAGGAGGAAAAAGAAGCAAACUUUUUGGUUGGGAAACCUAACUCUGUUCUCAGGAGCUUUAUUAUCAAUAGGUAUAGCGGAUAUAAAUUGGAUGACCGGAUAUGGAAACCUUCUAGGGAGCUAUUCAAGGUGGACCAAACUUAUUCACGGACAUGAAGAUAUGCUUGUAUCCACCGAUCUAACUGUUCAUAUUGGCCUCCGUCAGAUUAACAUAACCCUGCAGUCCAGAGGAGAAGGAAUGGAGUUUAGCUAUAAUGAGAUCAUAGUUCUAGUUCCUAAACUAGUUCAAGAAAAAAGUCAGCUGUUAGAGGCUUUAGGACGUGGUCUCCCAAACCCUAUCUUGUCUCUAAUGGAAUUCUUUCUGGAGAAUAAAAGCAGUCGAACACUGGAGGAGGUUGGUUAUUACAGUUCCUAUUUCCUGCAUGCUGCCCUAGUGGUCUGGUUUAUCAAUCAGAUAGUUUUCCUGAUGGUUCCAGAACUAUCUGCUAAAGUUUCCUUCAUUAAUGCAAUUGUUAUUGCUUUAACUGUCUUCUUCUAUGCUUUCCUACUGGAAUCUACAACCUUUUGUAUUCAUGUUGAAGGGCGAAAAGUGGAGGUCACUCUGGGCAGAUCAAUCUAUUUUGUGAUGGUAUCCGCAUUCUUACAGACUAUUCCUCAAGUUCUAGUUUUGCUGGGAGCCUAUCCUAGAACCUCAUUUGAAGUGGAUUUUGGUACUCCUUGGGAUAAGGAUGCCAUUGCUGAGAUGUCGAAGCAGAGGCUUCAAUCCACUUCCACUAUGCGUGCAAACGGUUCCCCGGGUUCAAACAGUACACAAAGUACAAAUGCUAGCACUAGCACAAAAAGUGAUAUUUUAAUGAAUUUAACCCCUAUAAACCAACCGAGGGAAGAUCUCGACAAUGACAUGUUUGAGUCAAGGAAAAAUCUACCUUUUUCUUCCCUAUUGACUCCGAUAAAGGUUAGACCAGAUAAUCCUAUUGGAGGAGCUGUUGAAUGCACUGGAGUUAAAGUUAAACAUCCAACUACUGAAACCUGUGACAAGUCCUUGAAAAAAACUCUUUACACUCCUAAACAGGUUUGCUCCAAAAAGCACAAAAAAACUAGCUGUGAUAAAAGAGAAUCCUGUAAGAAAGAUGCUCAUGGUUGUGACAAUCCGAGCUUUGUUGACACAGAAAUCCCAAGAUUAACCAGGAACUGCUCAGCUUCAGAAAUAUCUCCCCGCAUGGCUCACCGUUCCCUCCGGAGGUUCUCUCUUUCUCAUAUUGAGGAUGAAACCUCAACGUCCAACAAGAAGAAAAUUUCAGCCUCUGAAUCCCUAAGAAGACAGGCCCUUUUGAAGAUGCCUCAUCCUGCAACCGUAAUCCAGCAGUCAUUAAGUAAUAGGUCUUCUGCUUGGAAAGGACACCUGGAGUCAUUGACGACUAAACAUGAUGAUGGAUCAAUAAAUGAGAUUACAUCUGGGGAUACAGCUAGCAUAGGAUCAUUAAACGAGCUGAAAUGCGGUGAUAAGACUAACAUAGGAUCAACUAAUGAGCUAAGAAGCAGUGAUAAGGCUAACACAGGAUCAUUAAAUAAGCUGAUUCGUCGUGAAAAGAUCAGCAUAGGAUCAAUCAAUGAGUUAAGAGGCGGUGAUGUGGAUAGCACAGGAUCAUUAAAUGAGCUGAUUCGUGGUGAUAAGGUCAGAAUAGGCUCAAUUAAUGAGCUAAAACGAGAUGCUGUGGCUCGCAAAGGAUCCAUUAAUGAGUUAAAAGGCCGGGAUAUAGCUAGCAUAGACUCAUUAAAUGAGUUGAUUAGUGGUGAUGGCGCUAGCGUAGGAUCCAUUAAAAAGCUGCAACGAGGGGAUUUUGCUAGCAUAGGAUCUAUCAAUGAGCUGAAACGCAGUGAUUUAUCGGGCUUAGGAUCAUCAAGUACGUUUUAUCAAGGCGAUGAUAUGAUUAGCAAAGAAACUACUGAGCUAGAUCCUCGGUUCAAACGGUUUAAAUAUCCUUCUGUAUUGUCUGAUGUCUUUGGAAAUGAGCUUCCUGAAACACAUUCAAAUACAACUGUAGAACCUGAUACAGAAGGAAUGUGUAGCAAAGAAUCUAAUGAAACCGACACCUCACGUAUUGGAGUUAAGCGACUCAGAUUUGCCUCAAUUUCUGGAAGCUCUUUGCCCCCGGAGGAUGAAACAAGGAUAUCUAGGAAUAGAUCUGUUUCAAUCUCAACUGUGAUUUCAUGCUUGAAUUCACCCAAGAAAAUACUGAAAAGUGACUCAAGCAAAGUUGCAAUCAAGUCCUAUGAUGAAUUGGAUUUUUAUCAAAAGAUUUAAAACAGAACAUGUGUCGAUUAGUAUUUAUUUACAAUAUUCAAUGUUUUUAUGCCUUUCCUGUAGUGUUGUGUUAGGCUUCUUCUAGCUCACAUAGACACAUUUCUAGUUACACAAUUUUAAGAAUGAGCCAACCAGCCUGCUGGGUAAAGUGUCAAAUCUUUAAUAUUACGAACGUUAUUUUAAAAUAAAGAUUUUAACCAUUACUUA